UACUACGUUCUAAAUCCGUUUCUUCCAUGUUCGGUUGGUCGUGAAUAUUUAAUGAUCCGAGUUUGGUCUAUCGAAGCCAGCAAGCUCCAGCCACUGACGUAAUGAGAGUACAAUGACCUAGGAACAAGCUUCCUCUCAUCGAAAAUAUCAGAUAAAACAAACCGAAAAGCAGGUCACCGUUAAGAUCAACAAGCGAUGGGUUGUUUGAGGUCGAGGAACUCGGUGGCCACCUGUCUAAUAGUCCUUUUUCUCUAUCAAGUAUACGCAGCACCACUCGACUUUGAUAAAAGUGGCGAAGACCAAGUGAAGGAGGCAGUGCAGAAGGCAGAAGAGGCCGCUAAGCAUGCAGCGGAGGAAUCAGUGAGUCACGGCCAUAAGGCAGAGACAAGAGUUCCAGCAGACAAGUUGAGAAGCCUGGCUAGUGAUCUGGAGGAGAGCCUUAGAGAAGACAAAGCUGAGAAGAAGGUUACAAUGCACAACAGAAAGCACGCUAGGCCAGAAGAGUCGGAUGACGACGUCUUUCAAGAGAAGCGUGUGAAAGAGCACCGCGUCCACAGGAAACCCAGUCUUUCCCGUCUGAUGGGUAUUGGCGACAUGGGCGACUCCGGUAACUCGAACUCGUACAAGGAAGACACGAAGCUUGAGGAUAGACUGGCGAUGGAGGCGGAGGAGGAGAAGAAGUAUGAAGACGGCUACGGUGGCAGUCAGUGGGAUAGUGGCGCAGAGAAAGGCGCAAGCUGGGCCUCGAAUAUACAGCGACAAGACGCCGCAGAGAAACAGAGCAUUCAGGCCCAGGUCGCCUCUGAGAGCGCGCACGAGCUUGAUGAGAUCCAGAACGCGAUUACUUCCGAGUCCCAGUCCUCUCGCGGUUCUGCCAGCAUGGGAGAACAAGGGGCGUCAGUCAUCCAAGUCGGUAGCAACGGAGCCACAAAGGGAUUUAGUAGUAUGGAAAUGGGGCACAACAACGAGGCAGGGGCUACAAGCGAGGCGCCUAGCAUGAAAUCAUUCGGCUCAUCCAGUCAUGAUCUAUCGCGCCUUAUGGCACAAUCCAGCAAACUAUCCUCUAGCGAACUGGAGGGUCCAUCUCAACAGCAGUACACAUCUGAUGGUGGCAUGGGGUUCGGCGGCCAGGGUGGUCAGGAACAGGCCGGGAUGGGCCAGGAGUCUAUGGGGACCAGUCAGAUGGGCCAGGAGGGUGCUGCCUCCAUCGACUCUCUAGAAGGUGGAAGGUCGCCACUGGGGCCAAACUCGUUCACAGGCGGUCUGGGAGGGCGGAUGGAAGAGAGCAGUUAUGGCGGGAGGGGUGAGAUGGCAGGUAUCCUGGGUAGAGGAGAAAGCGAGAGUUCUCUACAGGGGAUGGGUGCGGCCAGUUACGCCAGCAACCAGCAGCAGUCCGUGAUGGGCGGGGCGGCAACGGACAACUACCAAAGCAUGAUGGGCGGAGGAAGCAUGCAGUCCCUUGGAGGGGAUGCUGGUGGCAGCAUGCAAGGUCUAGCAGGGGGAGGCGGGAUUCAGAGCUUCGGAGGUGGAGGAGGAGCAGGUCUUCAGACACUGGGAGGUGGCGGGGAUGUGCAGACGCUUGGAGGCCAGACCAUGCAGGGGGUGCAGUCCUAUGGUGGGGGCGCAGGGAUGCAGUCGUUCGGAGGUGGAGGAAUGGCAGGGAUGCAGUUCGGCGGGAUGCAAGGCUUCCCGUCACUUGGCGGAGGAGGAGGAGGGGCAGGAAUGAUGGCCGGACAAAUGGGUUAUAAAAAGUCGACGAUUCAACGACCAGACAGACAUAACGGAGCGCUCACAUACAGCAAAAUUAGAAAAGACGCAAAAGGCCUCUACUCAAGGUAGCCCAGCAGCGAAUACGAGUAAAGUUUCUCAUCAUCAUCAUCGUCAUCGCCAUCACCACAAGCGGAGUAAUUGAGAUUCAUAAAAAAAGAUGGCUCAUACAGCGGUAGUCUCUAUCUGCCAUUUUUUUUAAUAUACUGGGUUUUCGGUAAAUAUUACAGAAUUAAAUAGAAAGCGACUCCGGUACCAGGUGUUUGUUUUCCAGUUCUUUUUUUGCUUUGCCGGUUUGUGAUUAGAAAAUAGUUGUAAGAUUAUUAGAAUUAGAUUGCACAGAAAAAAGUAUAAUUGUGACAAUACUGUGAGGCUAGAGAAUUACAACUAUGAUAUCCCAAAAAAUAAUAAAUAAUGUUAAUUGAUGUUA